AGUCGUACGUUGCGAUCGAACUUGGUUUUUUUUUCCGUGUAUUUGCCAUAAAUAUCAUUCUACGGGAAACAACGCGUGUUCUGUUAACGAUUUAACGAUAAUUAAAAUAUCGUGUGUUGCGAUAAGUGAAAGUAGAAUAAUUUAAUAACUAUCAUAAUUAUAAUUCAUAAGGUACCGGAAGUUAUAUCUCUCUUUCUUUCUUCCUCUUUUUAUCUUAUUCUCUCGUUUGACUGCGUGAAUUCGUAAAUCGUAAAAAUGGCGACCGCUGUUCCAUCGCGAUUUGCCGUUCUUAGUAUUGAAGAUGAUGAUUAUAAGCCAAAGAAGCCUCAGAAGAGUACGUCGGCCGGUAAAACAAAUCAAAAGGGCAAAGGUGACAAGUCGAAGCAACAGCAACAACAGCAGCAACAACAACAACAACAGCCGAAGAAAGAUGACAAGAAAAAGCAAAGCAAGGGAAAAAAGAAAAAGUCCACUAACGAGGAACAACAAUGGGAGCAGUGGAAACAAAAAGAUUCUAUGGCUGUCGAGGAAACAUUUGAGCAAGAUCUGCAUCAAGCCAUCUUGUUAUCAAAAUUAGAUUAUGAAGAACAAUUAGUAAAUGCUGCUAAAACUGAGAAGGAACAGGAACAAUGUAAGAAAGGUGGUAAAAGGUCGAAGAAGGCAACCAUGUCAUUGGAGGAAUUCAACAACAUGAGAACAAACACAACGCAAGUUCCAGUUAUAACAACCGAAUCAGAAGAGAAUAAGUCCAAAGAAUUAGAUGCAGAAUUCUUCGAAAGGGUUGACAAAGAGGCGAAGGAAGAAAUUACAAAAGGGAAAGAGAAAGAUAUGUUGAAAGCACGAUUAAACAAAAUAGACGAUGAUAUUACAUCAGCACAGUUAAGAGUUGAAGUGGAGAAUAGAGAUAAAAUAAUUAGUCAGCUCAGACAAGAAGUUGAGACGCUUAAAGAGGAGCUAACGCAGGUUAAAGAAAGAAAUACAAAACUUUAUCAAAUCCUUUCACACGGGGAGAUGAAGGACAAGGCAUCGGUAUUAGCAGAGGUAGCGAAAUUACAAGAGAUUCGCGACGAAUUAACAUCGGAAGUAGCAUCUUUACAUGCACAACUAGAACAAGAAAGAUCCAAAACUCGUACGUCCAGUGUAGAUGUUAAAUCGUCCAAACAAAGUAACAAAAAGAGACUGGCUACCGAGAAUGCCUAAACUUUAGUAUAAUAAUAUCAAGCACUAUGAUCAUGUGGUGUAAAGUUUUUCACUUUGAAAAUAAUUAUUUUAACAGCUUUGAAAGAAAUAACAAACGAUAUGAUCUCGUAAAAAUAUGUUUUGUAUGACACACUGAGCAAAGUCGAUGAAUGUACUUUAUUUUUGUAGCUAAGUGGAACCAUUGUCGAUGAAAGACAAAAAUUUAACGAAAAUGCUUCUAUGCUUAUAUGUAUAAAACUUUUUUGUAAUUAAUUUUUUACAUUUCUAUAAGAUAUUCAUCAAGUUAUUAUCAACAUAAUAUAAUUACUAAGUUCCCUUAUUUCUUAAGUAAAGCAUUCAUAACUUAAUAUCAGAUUAUUAAUUAGGGCUCAUUUCGAGCUGACAGACAAAUUUUUAUAAACGAAACUUAAAAAUUGUUCUUCCAUAAUAAGAUUGAUUGCCUGUAUAAUAGCUUUAUCUUCUAAAUUGUAUAUUGAAGUAUGCUGCAUAUUAAAAAAAAAAAAAAAAAAAAAAAAAAAAAA